UACAGAAACAGGUGUGGCUCCCUGCAGAACAUGCACCCAGUGCAGCCUGCUGAACCGCCUUGAGGAGAAGGCAUGCUCACCCACCAGUGACAGCCUGUGUGGACACUGCCUCCCAGGGUAUUAUGAACUCAGGAGCAUGACUGGGGAAGUGGAGCUGCUGUGCUUACCUUGUUAUAGUCAUGACACAAUCCAUAAAGAGUGUUUGCUAUUGACAUCUAAAGGUUUUAAAGCAGAGAGCACCACCAACUCACCUAAAGAACAUUUCAGAGACCCAGAAGAGAAGAGAGUCAAAGAAGAAACGUUUUCAGUCGUCCUGAUUGCUUCAGCAACAGCUUCCUUGAUUUUCCUUCUUGCUCUGCUGCUUUGGGUUUUACACCUGACUGCUGAAAAAUUCAAGCAAGUUCCCAUAUAUGCUUCCAAGCCUGAAGGAAUAUUAUCUGCUGCUGACCUUCAGCACACACCUUUGUUCACCCAUACAGACAGAGCAGCACAGCCAGGAGAGGCACCCUCACAGACAGUUUCAGCUGAAAAUCCAACAAGAGGUCUAUACUCCUUGAGCCAUGAGAAUGAGGUGCAUCCUACCUCUAUUGUGAUUAACGUCACCACCAACAUCAAGCCCUCCAGUCAGAAUACAGACAGUAUUACACAGGAGGAACAACAAAGCCUCAUCACACAGGAGAUGGAACGACAAUUGCAGGACAUAUGGGAGAUUGCUGAAGGACAGAGAAUUGAGAUGCUCGACUACGACUCAGUUCAGGACUUGUCUCUCCUGCUUGACUCUGCUGACAACAUCAAAACCCUAAGGAGACUGGCACGGUCUUUGGGUGUUCCACCUCAGAUCAUCCCUCAUAUCCGAGGCUUCCAGGACCUUUUUCAGUACCUGCGGACCUCCACCUACACACUGCUGCCCCAGUUGGCCCAGGCUGCUGCGCUCUUGCCUAAUUCUGAAGUUGUCAAGAGGAUACACAGAGCUGUGGUGAAACAAUAAUGUCUUAGAGAUCCACAGGAUGGCAAGUGUUGUAGAGACUUUCUGCUCUUUUUUGCAGGACUCUCACCAGAUCAUUCAGUCAAUCUAACACCUACUGUUGAGACAUAAAAGCAUGACAUUUUAUUAAAGCAACAUUUUUUGAGUGAAAUGAUACAUUGGUGUAUUAAUGGGGAUUAAAUCAUACCGGAUUACUGACUAUUCUGAGGUUCUCAUCUUCAGUCGAGUAUAUAUAUUUAAUAGAUCGUGUACUGUAAAAACACAGUGAGAAAAGUACUUAUUUCUCCUUUGAGUGUUAGAUAUCCAGGUCACUGCAAAGGCACCCUACGUGCUGUGUUAUUUCCUGUUUACCAUGUAAAAUGAUGAGCAGCCCUCUGGCUAAAGCAUGUGAGACAGACCAGGACAGAGGAUGCAGUGUUCACGGUAAGUGAAAGAACUGAGAGCCCUGAGAAAUUGUGUUAUUCGCUCACUGGGAGAAGUUUGCCAACUUACCAGUUUCCCAGAUCUCCAGAUCGUCAGAGUCUUCAGAGCAUUAGUUCGGGUGAGUAUUCAAUCUUUUCCAUCACUACUCUUCAAAUCCAUCUCAAAAACAAAUGGCAAACAAAACUUCAGUCAAGUUCGAAGUCUUAUUAUUAUUUUUUUUCUAAUCUGAAAACAACAAGAAACUCCAAAACCUGGAUAAAAUAUUCUACAUCAUUAAGAAACUUUGCUUAACAGGGCCUUUUUCUCUUUCAUUCAAGUGGUCGCUAUUUUAGUUAUUGCCUCUAAGACCUAAUACCUGAAUACCUUGAAUUCUCACCAGCUCUUGUGGAUAAACUUUACAUUUAUCAGCAUGCAAGAAGUACCCAUAUGAACGCUAGGUGGCGUCCUCGCAUCUGUAAUUAGAAACGUGAUCAGUAAGUAUUGGCGCCCCACAGCCCCCGCCUCCACAUCACGAUCGUCUGGUGAAAAGAUGAGGCACUAAAGGAAUUAUUUUUGAAAAUGAACUCUAAAACCAUCAAGUUAUAAAGUUACCGUGCAAUCUCAUUGGUUGUCCUUACCAGAGCAUUUUUAAUAUCGUGUCCCUUCUUCUUUUGUUGGUUCUGUCGUGCCAACAAGUGAUUUCCGAUGUUUCUCUCUGUGUGUUUUUUUUUUUUUAUUAUUAUCUUUAUACGUCUAAUAGCUAUGUUUGGUAAACAGUUUGCCCCAUUUAAAUGAUCUGGAUAGAACUGUGAUGUUAUAUGUGUUGAAGUCUUUGAUGCCCUCUUGAUUUGUCUUAAAAAAUACAUUUUUAUCUUCAAUGCAACUUUUUACCUGUGUCUUUCAGCUGACUUGAUAUUAUUCAUUAGAGUAUUUAUUUAAACGGUUGUAAAUGAAGUGUUGGCCUAUAAUCUAUGAAACAUAUGUCCAACAUAUCUGUCAUGAAUUAUAUCAAGUUAUUUUGAAUCACAAGCAUCAAUCCUGUCUCACGGUAGAAGCUGUAAUCAGUUUUUGGCAAAGUGAGUUUUAUAUAUCCUUCAUUUAUCCAGGUAAACGUCUCACUGACAUUAAAAUGUUUCAUUGACAUUAAAAAUUAAAACUGGGUCAUUGACAUUAAAAAAAAAGUUUGUUUUUUUGGCCAAGAGGGCAGUUGAAGUUAAAACAAAUAUAUUAUAGGGUCCAUAACGAUAUUAAAAGUGGACAAAAACAGGACUAGAUUCAUUAUAUUGUAGGUACAAUAACGUAGAGUCAGGGCCGUUGCUAGCCAUUUGGGUGCCCUAAGCACAAAUGCUUUAUGGUGCCCCCCGCCACUAAAAAAAAAA